AUGGCACCCGCCGCCCUCGUCGAAACCCCCAACAUCGCUGAGCCCUUCAACAAGCGCGAUGGCCUCGCGCUCGAAGCCACCUCAGACGCCAUCGACGACGUCAACGUGCUCAAAGCCGCCCUGAAAGUCAAGAACGGCACCGCCACCCAAGCCGAGAAGGACAUCUACUCGCAGUCGCAGUUCGACGCCCAAAAGGACAAGACGCAGUUCCGCCAGUACGAAGAAGCCUGCGACCGCGUCAAGAACUUCUACCGCGAGCAGCACGAGAAGCAGACCGUGGCCUACAACCUCAAAGCCCGCAACGCCUUCUACAGCAAGACGCGCGCGGAGAUGACCAUCUGGGAGGCCAUGGAGAAGCUCAACACGCUCAUCGAUGAGUCCGACCCGGAUACCUCGCUCUCCCAGAUCGAGCACUUGCUCCAGUCCGCCGAGGCCAUCCGCCGCGACGGAAAGCCCCGCUGGAUGCAGCUCACGGGCCUGAUCCACGACCUCGGCAAGCUGCUCUUCUUCUUCGACGCUCAGGGCCAGUGGGACGUCGUCGGCGACACGUUCCCCGUCGGCUGCGCCUUUGACCGCCGCAUCAUCUACCCAGAUACCUUCAAGGGCAACCCAGACUCCGCCAACGAGAUCUACAGCACCGAGCACGGCAUCUACACGCCGGGUUGUGGUCUCGACAACGUCAUGCUGAGCUGGGGCCACGACGAGUAUCUGUACCACAUCAUGAAGGCGCAGAGCACGAUCCCGGACGAGGGUCUGGCCAUGAUCAGGUACCACUCUUUCUACCCGUGGCACAAGGAGGGUGCGUACCGGUGGAUGAUGGACGAGAAGGACCACAGGAUGCUGGACGCUGUUAAGGCGUUCAACCCGUAUGACUUGUACAGCAAGAGCGAUGAGGUGCCCAAGGUGGAGGACCUCAAGGAUUACUACAUGGACAUCAUCGACGAGUUCAUCGGCAGAGACAAGAAGAUCAAAUGGUGA